AUGGACGGCGGCAGCAGGCUCAACAUCAUCUAUGCCGACACACUGGAGGCAAUGGGCAUUUUGAUGUCCCGACUCAGCAAUAGCAAUAUGCAGUUCCACAGGGUAAUCCCCGGGAAGAAGGCCAAGUCACUCGGCCAGAUCGCUCUCGACGUCGUAUUCGGCGGAGAGAAAACCUUCAUGAAGGAGCGACUGACUUUUGAAGUGGUAGACUUCCGGAGUGCUUACCACGCCAUCCUGGGUAGGCCUGCCUACGCACGUUUCAUGGCCCGUCCAUGUUACGUGUAUCUCAAACUUAGGAUGCCAGGGCCGAAUGGUGUGAUCACUAUCACGGGCAAUCAGAAGCUAGCCGAGGAGUGCCUCCAGAAGGGCUCCCGGAUCGCUGACGAGCAAAUGGCGUUGGCCGAGCUGGACGAAUACAAGAAGAUUGUGGAUUCGAGUGAUCUGUUGAAGUCCAAGAAGCCGGCUGUGGAAUCCGCUUUCCAGUCGGCCGGAGAGACGAAACCAGGGCACAUUCAUCAAGAUGAUCCGAAUGUCACCCCUACCAACAUCUCCACCACCCUUGACAGCAAAUAG